UAUUAUAAAACCCGGUAGUAGAAAUGAUUUUCGAAAAACUACUACUAAAUUUUAACAUUUACUCAUGCCAGAUUUCAUUUUUAAACAUUUUUACAUAUUAUUUAAUAAUGUUAUAAGCAAUCUGAAGUAGUAAGAAGUUCGUAAAUAGCAAAAACAUUAAAAUGUGUAACGCGGAUAAAAGUGAAACUCAAUAAUGUUUUAUCUGUUUAGCUGUCAAAGUCAAAUGUGACAUUACUACUUGUUUACAAUUCUAGCGGCCGGUGUUUAGCUAUUUAUUUUCAUUGUGUUUUAUUUAUUUAUAAUAUUGAAAAAUGGUGCUAAUAGAGCAAAUUUCGGCUCUAAUUGAUUUUUUGGAAAACCACCAAGACCUGGCGCUUGGCUACUGCAGCCGCACCAAUGAAGGGCGAAGUUUAAGCAAAAGAUAUUGGAUGGAAUGCGCCCAAAUUUUAAAUUCCAUAUCGGUGGACUGCCCCAAUAAAACUCCCGCAGAAUGGCGCACAUUCUACAAUGAAUACAAAAGCAAAACCUUAAAGAAAAUUAAAUCACAGAAGAGUGAAAUAAGUGCAACAGGUGGUGGUCCUGCAAAAAAAAUAUCAUUAACCCCACCUGGUGUCCGACACAACCCACUCACUCCUUCUAUCACGCUUCCUGUGGUGCCUGCUAGUCCUACUACUAGUACUAAUUUUCAAUUUGAGAACAAUUCUUUCUCAAUAUUAGACAAUUACGAAGUGCCUGUGACAAUUGUCACAGAUGAGCUUGGGGAAAAUGUAGAAAUAAGCAUGGAACAGGAAAAUUUGGGUGAGCCAUCUACCACCGACCAGCCUUUGGGUCAGCCAUCUACCACCGACCAGCCUUUGGGUCAGCCAUCUACCACCGACCAGCCUUUGGGUCAGCCAUCUACCACCGACCAGCCUUUGGGUCAGCCAUCUACCACCGACCGGCCUCCAAAGCGACGCCAUCGCCCUGCACGGCGUUAUGCAGCGGAAGAUAGAGAUAGAGACCAUACAGCUCUCGAAGCUGCUCAAUCAAGGCUGGAGGCUAUUGAAGCCAGGAACGCCGAGGCUACUUUAAAACAGGCUCAGGCAACCAACAACUUAGCUGCAGCCAUUGAACGACUGAGCUCCACCACAGAAAAGAUGGUGGACCUUAUAGGCCAACUUGUGACAUCUGUGCCAAAAAAGAAACUCCGCAAAAUCCUGAUAUCAUCAGAUUCUGAAUCUGACUAAAGCAGAAUGAAGUAUGCAAGAGUCUGUCAACAAGAGCCUGCUGCAGUGCCCGACCUUCAAGAAGAUCCCGGUUCACCCUUCGAUGGUCUUGAUAAUUAGGUGCUGCAUAAUUAUUUUCCUCCUAAAUUAAAAGACUGAU